GCCGGGACUCCACCUUCAUCCACCAUGUUCCUCAUUGCGCUCCCGAUGCUACUCUUGUCGGCAAGAAGUGCGCAUGCGAACUGUGAAUGCGGGUACGCCAUCGACGACAGCACCGUCUUCACCGAAGCGGUAGAGACCGACUUCCUUCACCUGGAAGACCUCGCUCCGGAUGCGAACCACACCUGGAUUCCGCAGGCCUACAAUGUGACACGGACAGCCGCACGCGGACCCUAUGGCAAAUCGAGUCAAGUCGAAAACGUCGUGCCCAAUCCUGUCCAUGGCGGGCAGUUCGACUGGCUGGGGCCGGGCAUUCGAGCGGAGGAUCCAGGUCUGCAAUUGUGGGUCCGAAGUGCGCUUCUUCCGUCGUCGUCGUCUUCUUCGCCCAUUUCUUCUCCUGAAGACGGAGAAAUGGUCCCGAUGGCGGAAAUUGUGUCUUCUCGCGACGAUGUGCUCUAUGGCAGCUUCCGCAUCGGGAUGAAAACGACGUCCGUGCCGGGGACGUGUGCUGCCUUCUUCUUCUAUUUCAACGAUUCCAAUGAAAUCGACAUGGAGUUUUUGUCCAAACAGAAUGUCAACAAAACUAUCAAUCUCGUCAUUCAAUCUCCUGAAAGCGCCAGUCGGGGCUACGCUUCUGGAUCAGAUUUCGAUACUCGCACUCUUGCGUUCGGAUCUCAGGAGGGGUACAACGAGUAUCGAUUCGACUGGCGUCCGGGACGAGUAGACUUUUAUGCGAAUUCGGUGUUGUUGUCGAGUAUUUCCGACAAUGUGCCCCAGUCGGCGGGGAAAAUUCAUGUUUCGCAUUGGAGCAACGGGAAUGAUGGGUGGAGCGCGGGGCCUCCGAAAGAAGACGCCGUCAUGACUGUCAGCUAUGUCAAAGCGUAUUUCAAUUCGUCCGAUGCGGGUGUCACCACGAAGUCGUUGGAGUCGUGUACGGAGGCGGCGUCACAGCAGGUGUGCAGAGUGCCAGACCAGACGGCGCCGCCCGAUCCGGGAGGUGUCAAUGGGAAUGAGACUGGCCAUACGACUUUCUUCACACUGCCGGGGUCUAAUGCCACCAUAGAUGAUGAUGAUGACCCGCCCCAGAAAGGCGACGGGAGUCGAUGCGUAUUUCCAGAGGCGUGGUGGACUGCUUCCAUAGCGUUUGCCAUUGUACUUCUUUUUACUUGAUACCAGUUUAUAAUAAUGAACACUUGCUAUCUAU